ACGAGUGCGGGUCGGCGAGCCUCACGCCCGGAGACGCGUCGUUCCCGUGGGCCCUGCAGCUGAACGGGGCGGUGACCGACACGCUCUCGCGGCCCGUCAUCUACGUGCGUGGCGCCGACGCCGUCAAGCUCAUGACCAUCGUCAACGACGAGAAGGUGGCGCGAGCGCGCAUCCAACCCAAGGUCGGAAACGAGCCGCGUCUGGGCCGCGAGGACGUGGACCUGGGCAUCCUUAUCGCAGUGCUGGCGUUCAUCUGCGCGCUCUGCAUCGCGCUGCUGCUGCGCGUGCGUUUCACGCAGCGCCGAGCCCAGAGCAUCGUGUCACGACGGGGCGCCAGCGUCAUCAGCCGCCUCCAGACCCUGCACUAUGUCAAGUCGGUGGGGGGGGCCGGGGGAUCGGGCGGGGGCCCCAGUGGGGGCCCCGGCGGCGGGCGAGGGGGCGCCCGAGGGGCGACCGGAGGAGCCCCCCUCGACCCCGGCGACCUCUCGGAGGGGGCGAGCAGCACGUCGGACCCGGUGUGCGCCGUGUGCCUCGAGGAGUUCCAGCACGGCCAGGAGCUGCGGGUGGUACCGUGCUCCCACGAGUUCCACCGCGAGUGCGUGGACCCCUGGCUCGUGCAGCACCACACGUGCCCCCUGUGCAUGUUCAACAUCACAGAAGCGCUGCACUCGCCGCCCGCCGGCAUCCCCUGCCUCGAGUCGCGGCCCCUGCGGACGUCGGGCGGCCCGCAGCAGCAGCACCACUCGGGCCGCCUCGCCAACCCUGCCGGCCUCGCCAACCCCGGCGGCAUCGGCAACGGCGGGGGCGGCGGCGCUCCCGCGUCCUCCUCGUCCGCCGCCGUCGGCGUGCCGCCCCCGUACCCCGGCCGGGCUCGCUGGGUGCCCACGUCGGACCCGCGGGCGCCGCCGCCGCCUCUGUCGACGCAGCAGCAGCGCGGCCGCUACGGCCAGCCGCACCACGCCGUGGCGGCGGCCGGGCGGUUCGCGAGGUCGUCUCAGCGCCAUCACCACCACCACCACCCGCUCUACUUCGGCGUGGAGAGGGCCGCCACCGCGGCGGCCGCGGCGGUCGCGGUGGCGCCCGUCGACGGUGCGGGUGGUGGCGGCGGCGUCGAGAGGGAGCGGCCCGAGGAGCGGUUGGAGGCGGCGGAGCGGGGGCCGGGGUUUGCGCCGCCCCGGGCGUACGGAGGCGCGGAGGCGCAGAGAUUUUCUCGCCACGCAUUCCCGCCGGUGUCAGGAGGCGACGUGCACGGCGCCGAGUACUACACGUACUGGGAGGAGACGCACAGACACUGGUACACUUACGGGCAGCGCCGGGGCACGCACACGCUGGUGCAGCACAGCGGCCAAGCGCCCGCCGAAACGCAGGGCGGCGGGGGCGGCGCGCCCCUCCCGGGCCACCAACCGAGCGCUCAGCAGCAGCAAAGCCGCUGGGAACUAUCGCACCUGCAUUACCACCACCACCUGCACCAUCACCACGUGCCGCCGAGGCAUCACGGCGGUGGUAGCGGUGGCGGCGGCCUUUCUCACCCCCAGCACCAGCCGCAGCAGCUGCAGCAGCAUCAGCCGCAGCAGCAUCAGCACUACCGGCACAACAGCAACAGCUCCGGCGAGAGCGGCCGCCGGGGCGACCAUAGCUCGUUCAGCGGCUACGCGGCGGACGGCACCGCGAGCGACGAUUCGGCGCUCUUCGACUCUGCCAACGAUGCCAACAGCCGGCGCGGCGUCUACGGGAGCCAGUCGACGGUGCGCAGCUCGCUCAGCAGCGACUUCGACCCCUACGUUUACCGCGGUGGGGGUGGCGGCAGUGGCGGCGGUAGCGGCAGCACGGGGGAGACGGGUGCCGCCUCCGAGCCGGAACUGGCGGCGCCGCCGACGGCGACGGCGGUGACGGCGGCGGCGGCGGCCGGUACGCCGAAGGCGGCGACCCCGGCGGCCGAGAGGAGCCGGGCCGCCCACCCGGCCCUGUCGUCUUCGUCGUCCUCGUCGUCGCUGCUGCAGUUGCAGGCGUCGCACUGCCGCGGCUUCGGCCGAGAU